AUGGCUGAACAACAUGUAAACAUGUUCAGCGGUUCACCGUUGAACCGGCUUUCAUGGUUGCGAUCGUCUCAUCUGUUCUUGAAUGCAGUAUUACCCCUACCAACUACGCGCUGGCUCCUAUUCAAUGCAGGGCAACCCCUCAUUUCCACGAAAUCGGACCCGAGUGGGAAAGGAGAACGAAGAUUGGCGUAUUUGGCUACCCAAGAUGUCACCCCACUACUGGGCGCUGAGCCGUACUUUGGGCAGGCGCAGAGCGAGGGAGAGCUUGUGCCGGUCAUUCAGCCUGAUGCAUCUGGUCAUGCCCCCGAAUCACCCUUAGAUGCCGUACGACACCGAGGCUUACCAUUAGUCUUCCUGGGAUUGAAGGAAACUCAUAUGGGGAGCGGUGCCUUACCUUCGUCUGAUUUCAAGGAUCCAGAACCGGCGGUCGCUAAUCUCAAAGGGACUCCAUACUUUGCUAUGGACGUUGCUGACGCAGAUGAAGGCACUGUGCAACGCGUUUUGGAUGAAGCAGGGAAUCGUAACUCAGAGGGCUUGAAGUAUACAUGGUCUGAGCCUAGAUCAGUCAUUGGUUUUAUGGAUGCAUUCGACGCGGCCGUGUAUGCGGGGGGACGCAGCAUGGUAGACUGGAACUACAGGAACAAGUUCUGCCCUGGCUGCGGAUCGCCGAACUACUCGCAGUGGGGCGGAUGGAAGCUCUCUUGCAUGACACUUCUGCCAUGGGUUGACACGCCAGGACGCAAGCCAUGUCUGACUGUCAAGGGCCUCCAUAACUUCACCCACCCCCGCACUGAUCCUGUCGUCAUUAUGGCAGUGAUUGACGAAACUGGGGAAAGAAUCUUGCUGGGACGCAAUAGGAAAUUCCCCGGCAAGUUCUACUCUGCCUUGGCCGGUUUCAUAGAGCCUGGAGAAUCAUUUGAAGAUGCCGUCGUCCGCGAAAUGUGGGAGGAGGCUGGUGUCCAAGUUUGGAAUGUGACAUACCACUCCGGGCAACCUUGGCCCUACCCUGCCAACUUGAUGGUCGGAUACUACGCCCGAGCUGACUCUUCAAAGCCGAUUCGCGUUGACCUGGAUAACGAGCUAGAAGGUGGGGCAAUCGGUUUCACUCCCAGAUACGCUAGAUGGUAUACUCGGGAUGAGAUCAUCGCUGUAUUCAAUCAUCCAACGGGGACUGGACUUACUGCCCGGGACAACAAGGCAAUCAACGACAGAAUAGAUAAUAGGGAUAACCGCGCGCCGGCUGCGAAUCGUGCUGAGAUGCCUGAUGCUUGGGCCAACAACCCGGGAUCUACUCUAGCAUCAAAACCCACCCCAGCUGAGGUCAAUCCACCGAGCGGUAAUGAGCCUCCCUUCAAGAUGCCUCCCGAAACCGCGAUCGCCGGCGUGCUUAUACGGGACUGGGCCUUCGGAAAGGUUUCAUUCGAUAAUAUUGACAUACCAGUCCAGAAGGGAAGCUUGUAA